AUGCGGCUCUUCGCCACCGUCGCCGCUGCCCUCGCGCUCUUCGCCGCGCCGAUCUUCGCCGCCCCCGCCGCGUCCCUCCACACGGUGGAGAAGUUCGCGGGCGCGACGAAGGCGCGCUCGUACAUCGUCAAGCUCCGGGACGGCGUCGCCAAGGACGCGCACCUCGAGUGGCUCGCUGCCAACCACGGCAACACGUCAACUGUCACCCACGCCGAGUGGGAGUCCAGCGUGCUCAAUGGGUUUGCGGGGACGCUCGAGACGGACGCGCUGAACGCGCUGCGUGCCAACCCCGAUGUUGAGUACAUCACCGAGGACGGCAUCUUCACCAUCAACGCCGCUGUCACUCAGACCGACGCACCGUGGGGCUUGCAGCGUAUCAGCCAGGCCGCUGCGCUCUCGAGCACGAGCACCAGCGCGCUCACGUACACCUACACGUACGACUCCUCGGCCGGCUCCGGCGUGGACAUCUACAUUGUCGAUACGGGAAUUUUCACCAGUCAUUCCGAGUUUGAAGGUCGCGCCUCGUGGGGCGCGACCUUUGGCGGUUACGCGGAUGCUGACGGAAACGGCCACGGAACCCACGUCUCCGGUACCGCUGCGGGCGUCACCUACGGCGUCGCCAAGAAGGCCAGCCUCAUCGCCGUCAAGGUUCUAUCCGACGCAGGCUCCGGCACCGUGUCGGACAUCGUCUCGGGCCUCAACUAUGUUAGCCAGCAGGCCGCUAUCACUGGUCGGCCUUCUAUCGCGAGCCUGAGCCUCGGUGGCGGCGCGUCCACUGCUCUCGAUAACGCGGUCACUGCCCUUACCCAGAACGGCAUUCAUGUUACUGUCGCCGCUGGCAACAACAACGUGAACGCAGUCAACACGAGUCCCGCGCGUGCAGCGGCGGCUGUGACCGUCGGCGCGAGCACAAUCGCCGACGCGCGCGCGUCCUUCUCCAACUUCGGCCCCGUGGUCGACAUCUUCGCCCCCGGCCAGAACGUCAUCAGCUCCUGGAUCGGUAGCACCACGGCCACGAACAACAUCUCUGGCACGUCGAUGGCCACCCCCCACAUCGCUGGGCUGAUCGCCACCCUCAUCAGCCGCGACGGCAACUCCAGCCCCGCGGCCAUCACGACCCAGCUCCAGGCGCUCUCUACCAAAGGCGUACUCACCGGCAUCCCCUCCGGCACUGUCAACGACCUCGCACUCAACGAGGUCUAA